AUGAUGUCAUUCGGGGUCUCACUUUAUUAGACUUUCAAUGCCAUCAAAAAUAAAAAAGAAGACAGAGCGAGGUUUUACCUCCCUCAUGAAUAUUAGUGGCCCAUGCCAGUUAAUUAAAGAAUUUAUGUAGUGUCAUGAAAUAACUACAAAAUAAGACUAUUUGAACACACACAUAUAGAAGAUUUCCGAACUUAAAGUUAACAUGCUAAUAUUCAAGAAGAUGAAUAGAGAUAUGAAAGAGAGAACAAAAGUUUUUUUUAUAAAUACGUCACAGGACUGACAAGGAAAACUGCUAACUAUUGCCCAGUGCAUAAAAAAGCGAAAAAAAGUAGAGAGCAUUUGGUAAGAUAAUUCAUUAAUAGUGUAAAUAUUUUUGGGUGGAAGAUCAUCUUUAUUAAUCGGCUUUGUGCGUAAAUAAUUAUAUAAUAGAAUAGAGUAUACUUUUUGAAAGAAUGCAAAUCCAGACCUGGAUAAAAGAGAAAAUGA